CUCGUCGCAGGCUCUGUCAGCCUCUCCCUCGCCUCGCCUUCCUCUUCCUCUCGCGGCUCUGGCACCUGAGCGCACGCACCUGCCCGCCCAGCGCCCUUGCCUCUGCCUGUCCCGCCUGCCGUCCCUGCCCGCCGCCGGAAGGCCCCUGCCGGCCGCGGAGCCUCGAGGCUGCGUCACCGCCGCCCCGACAAGAUGGACACCUCAGAGGAAGACAUAUGUCGAGUGUGUCGAUCAGAAGGGACCCCUGAGAAGCCUCUUUAUCACCCUUGUGUGUGUACUGGCAGUAUUAAGUUUAUCCAUCAAGAAUGCUUAGUUCAGUGGCUGAAACACAGUCGAAAAGAGUACUGUGAAUUAUGCAAACACAGAUUUGCUUUCACACCAAUUUAUUCCCCAGAUAUGCCUUCACGGCUUCCAAUCCAAGACAUUUUUGCUGGACUGGUGACAAGUAUUGGCACUGCAAUACGGUACUGGUUUCACUACACACUCGUGGCCUUUGCCUGGUUGGGAGUCGUCCCUCUCACUGCCUGCCGCAUCUACAAGUGCUUGUUUACUGGCUCCGUAAGCUCCUUGCUGACCCUGCCACUGGACAUGCUGUCCACGGAAAACCUGCUGGCAGACUGCUUGCAGGGCUGCUUCGUGGUGACCUGCACGCUCUGUGCCUUCAUCAGCCUGGUGUGGCUGCGGGAGCAGAUCAUCCACGGUGGUGCCCCCAUGUGGCUGGAGCAUGGCAUCCCGCCCUUCAACCUCGUGGAGCACCACCACCUCGAGGCACCACCUGACGACGAUCCUGAUGCUGAUAUGCCUGGCGGUGUUCUGCCUGGUAACGCAGCCGGUGGGAAUGCAGUGGUCGGGGAGAACCCCGAUGCUCAGGACGACCAGAUGGAGGAGGAGGAGGACAAUGAGGAGGAAGACGAUGUGGGCAUGGAGGACGGAGCUGAUGGCAACAACGGGGCCCCUGACGACAUGAACUGGAAUGCGCUGGAGUGGGACCGGGCCGCCGAGGAGCUCACGUGGGAGAGGAUGCUAGGACUUGAUGGAUCGCUGGUUUUUCUUGAGCAUGUCUUCUGGGUGGUAUCUCUAAACACACUGUUCAUUCUUGUUUUUGCCUUUUGCCCUUACCACAUCGGCCACUUCUCCCUUGUUGGUUUGGGAUUUGAAGAACAUGUCCAAGCAUCUCAUUUUGAAGGCCUGAUCACAACCAUAGUUGGGUACAUACUCUUAGCAAUAACACUGAUCGUCUGUCACGGAUUGGCAACUCUUGUUAAAUUCCAACGGUCCCGUCGCUUGCUGGGAGUCUGCUACAUAGUCGUUAAGGUCUCGCUGCUGGUGGUAGUGGAGAUCGGCGUGUUCCCACUCAUCUGUGGCUGGUGGCUGGACAUCUGCUCUCUGGAAAUGUUUGACGCCACCCUGAAGGACCGGGAGCUGAGCUUUCAGUCAGCCCCGGGUACCACCAUGUUCCUGCACUGGCUGGUAGGGAUGGUCUACGUGUUCUACUUUGCCUCCUUCAUCCUGUUACUGAGAGAGGUACUGCGGCCUGGUGUCCUAUGGUUCCUAAGGAACUUGAACGAUCCGGAUUUUAACCCAGUACAGGAGAUGAUCCACCUGCCCAUUUAUAGGCACCUCCGAAGAUUUAUUUUGUCAGUGAUCGUCUUUGGCUCCAUUGUGCUGUUGAUGCUCUGGCUGCCCAUAAGGAUCAUCAAGAGCCUGCUGCCCAGCUUCUUGCCCUACAACGUCAUGCUGUACAGCGACGCCCCAGUCAGCGAGCUGUCACUCGAGCUGCUGCUGCUCCAGGUGAUCCUGCCGGCGCUGCUGGAGCAGGGCCACACAAGGCAGUGGCUAAAGGGACUCGUACGUGCCUGGACGGUGGCCGCCGGACACUCGCUGGACCUUCACUCUUACUUACUGGGAGACCAGGACGAGAACGAGAACAGCGCCAACCAGCACGGUCGAAACGACAACGUCAUGCCAGCGGUGGCGGAGGGUCUGCACGCCGCCCACCAGGCCAUCCUGCAGCAGGGUGGGCCCAUUGGCUUCCAGCCCUACCGCCGGCCGCUCAAGUUCCCGCUCAGGAUACUCCUGUUGAUUGUCUUCAUGUGCAUAACCUUGCUCGUCACCAGCCUCAUCUGCCUCACCCUGCCAGUGUUUGCUGGCCGCUGGCUGAUGUCCUUCUGGACAGGGACUGCCAAGAUCCAUGAGCUCUACACAGCGGCUUGUGGCCUCUACGUCUGCUGGCUGACCAUCAGGGCUGUGACGGUGCUGGUGGCGUGGACACCGCAGGGGCGCAGCGUGAUCUUCCAGAAGGUCAAGGAGUGGUCCCUAAUGAUAAUGAAGACUCUGGUCGUCGCAGUGCUGCUGGCAGGCGUCGUCCCCCUCCUCCUGGGGCUCCUGUUCGAGCUGGUCAUUGUCGCUCCCCUGAGAGUCCCCUUGGACCAGACCCCGCUUUUUUACCCAUGGCAGGACUGGGCGCUGGGAGUCCUGCAUGCCAAGAUCAUCGCAGCCAUCACCCUGAUGGGCCCUCAAUGGUGGCUGAAGACGGUCAUUGAGCAGGUGUAUGCCAACGGCAUCCGCAACAUUGACCUGCACUACAUCGUCCGCAAGCUGGCAGCCCCCGUCAUCUCCGUGCUCCUGCUCUGCCUGUGUGUGCCCUAUGUCAUCGCCUCGGGCAUCGUUCCACUGCUAGGUGUAACUGCGGAAAUGCAGAACCUGGUGCAGCGGCGCAUCUAUCCGUUCCUGCUGAUGGUCCUGAUCCUGAUGGGCGUCCUGUCCUUCCAGGUCCGCCAGUUCAGGCGCCUGUAUGAACACAUCAAGAACGACAAGUACCUUGUGGGGCAGCGCCUCGUGAACUACGAGCGGAAGUCAGGCAAGCCGGGCACCUCGCAGCCCCCACCAGUGUCGUCCCAGGAGUAAAGUGCGGUCUUGAGCUCCUGACCCCCCGGCCUCUCCCUGUCCUUUUUUGUGGACUUCUCUCUGUGGAGACCCCGCCAUCUCAGCUGUGCGUGUUUGACUUGUACUUCCAGCACCAGGAGCGGCCGUCACACCCAGCCUCCGCCUGCCCACCCUCGGAUGCCACUGCUGCCGCGGUCUGUAAAUGUGUACAUAGACGCUCCUGAGGCCGGGACCGCGGGCUGCACAGAGGCGCCUUGUACAUCCUAAACAGUGUAUAUUAAUUUAUUAAAUCUAGUUGUCACUUUACGUGGCCUGCUGUGAUCCUGACAGGGACGUGCCAAGCAGUGUGCAGAGCAGGACCCGUCAGCGCCUUGGUCUCUGGGUGCCCACGCGGGCCGGUGGGGGGUCUGCAGUAGGAAAGUGACCUCGCUUCACCGUCAGUCAUUUCGGGAGGUUGUUUUGUAUAACACCAAAGUUGUUGUCCAUUUUCUACUGCCUGGUUUUUUCAUGUGUCUUGUGUUUGUAAUAUUGUAUAGUAUCUUGUGCCAGGUGAGGAAAUUAUUUUUAAUUUUGAUAAUUUAAUAUUCCUAGUGAUCAGCAUUGGGAGUUGGGUUUUCUCUGCUUGUUAGGGCAUGUCUACACUUAGGAGAAAAGAGAAAAAAGUCCAGAUGGAGUUUCUUUAGCUCCCCUCCCCCCAGCUGUCUUUGCCUUUUGGCAGCAGUGGCCAAAAUUCCCAUGGUUGCAGCGCUGUCAGUGUGGCAGUGCCGGGGCGCGUGCUCAGACAUCUGCUCGGACAACCCAGGUCUCUGUCUCAGUGGGCAGUGCAGAGAAGACCACUCGAUGCCUGUCCCGCUGGCCUGAAUCAUUGCAUGAGGGCGGAGGUUUCCCUGGUUUCCAUCAGUGACUCUUAAAGUUUCCAAAGCUUUUGUUUACAGAAUAAAACUGCAAAUAAAACCAAUUUGAUUUCAUUUGUCCAGAAGGAAGCUGGCAGAGCUGGGCUUGUCAUAGGAGUGUGGGGUUAUGUCAUUGGAAACGUGCUAAAUGGCUCAGAGACAUGGACAACUUAACCUGGGUUUUCCUUAGACCCAAAGCUCCCAGCUGGAAGUACAGAGAACUAGGGAGAGCUGGUGUGCACGCAAUCCAGGUACUUCAUGUGUGUCGUAAGGGUAGUGUUUGCGUUUGGAUGGUAACUUAGAAGUAUUCAUAGAAACUGAGGAGCAUAGGGCUACAGAAACCAUAAAGGAAUUUCCAUAUAGUAUUAAAACCCAUAGACUAAAAUCUGAGGGUUUUUUUUAUAGGAAACUCAGCCAAACACAGACUACCAAAAUCAGAAUGUUCUGGUGGUUUUAUAUUUCAACAAUUUUUCCCCUAGUGGUAAGCAGUCACUUUAUUUUCAAACCUAUUUUAAAGCAUCAGUAUAAAUAAAGGUGGCUACAGGACUCAGUGUUACACCAGCACUGCUCGCUCAGUCAGUCCUCCUGUUUGACAGGCGCACCACCUGCCCAGGUGUGUGCAGACAGCGUCUCAUCCGGAGAAGACAUUCACUGAAUUGGGUACACAGCUUCAGUACGUUAGGUGUCUUUGUUGCUUUUUCAGACGAUUGGUAGAGCUCAAUAUCCAGCCAUUGGUACACAUUCAUCUGUUCUAACAGUAAGAAAUCCAGGCAGAUACCACAAAAGGCUAAAGGUGGUUCAUCUACAAAUUUUAAGUGACUCUUACCUGGUAUUUUGUAAGAAAACAUGUGAGUGGCCAAACAGCAGUCUCUGUUUUGUGGCAGAGACCUUCCUGCUGGGGCAGGUCAGCGCCCGCUGUUUGGGCUGUGCUGGGUGCCGUUGUCUUAAGGAGGUGACUGCUGCCACAGGGAGUGCCCGCUGGUGUGGCUGACCUGGGCAGCACCCGGUCCUCUUACUGACCCGUGGACUCAUCAGUACCCACAGCCCGCAGCUCAGAACCCUGCUGCUGCCCCCCGUGUGCAUCUCAUGUCAUCUCACACCGGCUCUCAAGGAGCGCGAGAGGACCCUUAUGCUCAGCGCGUUCUGCUGCGUGUGCAUUGACGACAGGUCAGCCUUUGGGGUCGGUUUCCCUUGAGCAGACAUCCGAUGGUCGUAGUAUGAGGUGUGCAGUUGUCUGUUGUUAGCAAAUUAUGUUUGACUUUUAAGCUGUUGGGUGCUGACAGUGGAGAUGGGAACUAAAGGACAUUGCCGCGUGAAGUGCAUGUCAGCCAGCCCACAAAGCCCUGUGUAGUUGAGCACUUUUCCUGCUGGUCUGGGAGAUGGUGGCAGGUGUCUCAGCUCCAGACGUGACCACCAGUGAGUCUCACUCAGCCCUCAGUGUGACCUCAGUGCUGUGGGCCUGCUCCAUGUUUUUCUUGCCCUUAUUCCGGUAACAGGGAGCCACCGUCCCUCAGAUGACUUGAUCUUAGACGUGUCAUUUCUGUGUUGGCAAAUGUGACCAUUAAAGUGUAAUUCUUCAAUUUAGGUGAACUGAUGCCUUUUUAAAACAAAAUGAAAGUGAAACACUGGCAUUUCUCCAUGGUGUUGCAUUUGCACACGCUCAUUGCACAUUCACACGUGUGCGCACACGUGUGCGAGGAUGUGGGGCUGGUGUAAGGAUGCUGGCACGCUGGCACUUUCAAAACUCACAAGCGAGCUGCCUACUCUCAUUGUCAGGACUGAGUAUUUUAAGCUCUCUACUUACUGUGAUAAGUUUUUUACAUUGUAAGAUUAAAUGAUUGUGUUUAAAACACUGUCGUUUUGAAUGUGAACAGACAAACGAAGGUGAAAUGCUCUCCGCUGGAGCUAAGCGCCAUCAAAAGCCUCGUGUGCCCUCAGGCGGGUGUCUUCAUUUCAGCCUGUUGCCACCCGCUGCCCUGUUCAGCCACCAUCACCAGUAAGGGCUUCUUGCAAGAAUCCCCGACGACGUGUCUGACUAAGAGGACGUAAAGCUAAGGCAGCGUGCAUGUGUUUUCAUUCCUGUCUGGUACGCGUGCCUCUGCCUGAGUGGAAACGACCAGCCAUGAGGCCCCGGAGCAUCGCGAGGAAGCUGGAGGGACAUGUGGUUAUUUGGGACGUCAGUUUUCUACCAGCGUGAACGCCUGAGAGUCCCAGACCAAUCUUAAGUGUGUAUAUUCUAAAAUGCCCCCUUUUUAUGUGGUCAUUUGUUGCCUUCUGAGUUGAGAGAACAAAAUUGAAUAAAGUGAAUGUUAGUUGUAGCCCA